CGAGAUCUGCUUGCUCACUGUAGCGAUGACAUCCUCCUCCUCCUCCCCGCCGCCUUUCGGCAAUCUUCGCCAGUCCCAGCCCUGACCAAUCUGUACUCAGAUGGCAUGGAUCAGGGUCUCCCCUCGAACCCCGGUUCACACGGGGCGUCAGGUGGCAGCGGCAGGGUGCGAGCCGCGCGAGGCCGACGGCAGCGGCACUGCGGGUGGCCACGGGCAGGCGACGAGCAGUGAGUGUGGGCGGGGCGGGGGUAAGCCACCCAUGUAGCGGCUCGAUUGUUCUGGCCUGGCUAUGGCGCCUCUCCUCCCCCCCGCCAUGGCUCCCCGUGUCCCUGCUCCGCUCCUCUCAGUGAGUGAAAGUGGCCGCCGCCGCCGCCGGCCCAGCGCCCGCAGCAGCCUCAGCGCCGCCGCCAUCUUGGGGUCCCAGGAGCCGCGGAGGGAGCGAGCUAGGAGCGUCCACGCCCAACGCAGUCACCGUCCCACGGCCUCAGAGAGCGAACCGCGGCUCCACCGUCGGCGGGGCGACCCCCCCCUCCGGACCCCGCCCGCACCCCGCCCCCCCUCCGCCGCCGUCGCGGCGGCGGGGCCAGGCGGCCCGAGCCGUGCAGUCGGAGGUCCUUGUGCAUGAAGACAGGUUUGUUCUAUGGCCUCGGAGUUGGGUGCCAGGGAUGAUGGCGGCUGCACCGAGCUGGCAAAGCCCCUCUAUCUUCAGUACUUGGAGAGGGCCCUCCGGUUGGACCAUUUCCUGCGACAAACUUCAGCCAUCUUCAAUAGAAAUAUUUCUAGUGAUGACAGUGAAGAUGGACUGGAUGACAGUAAUCCCUUAUUGCCCCAGUCUGGGGAUCCCUUAAUACAAGUUAAGGAAGAACCUCCAAAUUCAUUGCUUGGAGAAACUUCUGGAGCAGGCAGUUCUGGAAUGUUGAACACAUAUUCUCUGAAUGGAGUUCUACAGUCAGAAUCAAAAUGUGAUAAGGGGAAUUUAUAUAAUUUCUCUAAGCUGAAGAAAAGCAGAAAGUGGCUAAAGAGCAUUUUGCUAAGUGAUGAAUCCAGCGAGGCUGAUUCUCAGAGUGAAGACGAUGAUGAAGAAGAACUCAAUCUCAGCAGAGAAGAACUUCACAACAUGCUUCGGCUACACAAAUAUAAGAAACUUCACCAAAAUAAGUAUAGUAAAGACAAGGAGUUGCAGCAAUAUCAGUACUACAGUGCAGGCCUGCUCUCCACAUACGACCCUUUCUAUGAGCAGCAACGGCACCUACUUGGACCCAAGAAAAAGAAAUUUAAGGAGGAAAAGAAACUUAAAGCUAAGUUGAAAAAAGUGAAGAAAAAAAGACGAAGAGAUGAAGAACUUUCCUCUGAAGAAUCCCCUCGUCGCCAUCACCACCAGACCAAAGUCUUUGCCAAGUUUUCUCAUGAUGCACCUCCCCCUGGCACUAAGAAAAAGCACUUAUCCAUUGAGCAGUUGAAUGCUCGUCGCAGGAAAGUAUGGCUCAGCAUUGUGAAAAAGGAACUACCAAAGGCAAAUAAGCAGAAAGCUUCAGCUCGUAACCUGUUUCUCACCAAUAGCCGAAAGCUUGCUCACCAGUGCAUGAAGGAGGUGCGUCGAGCUGCCUUACAGGCCCAGAAGAACUGUAAGGAAACCUUGCCUCGUGCCCGCCGCCUCACCAAGGAGAUGCUUCUGUACUGGAAGAAAUAUGAGAAAGUGGAGAAGGAGCACCGCAAGAGAGCAGAGAAGGAAGCUUUGGAGCAGCGGAAGUUGGAUGAGGAAAUGCGGGAGGCCAAGAGGCAACAGCGAAAACUCAACUUCUUAAUUACCCAGACAGAGUUGUAUGCCCAUUUCAUGAGUCGCAAACGAGACAUGGGUCAUGAUGGUAUCCAGGAGGAAAUCCUAAGGAAACUGGAAGACAGUUCUACCCAGAGACAAAUCGAUAUAGGUGGAGGAGUGGUAGUUAACAUCACACAGGAGGAUUAUGAUAGUAACCACUUUAAAGCCCAGGCCCUGAAGAAUGCUGAAAAUGCUUACCAUAUUCACCAAGCUCGGGGUAUUAAUGGCAUUCUUGCUGAUGAAAUGGGCCUUGGUAAAACAGUACAGAGCAUUGCCCUUCUGGCCCAUCUGGCUGAGAGAGAGAACAUUUGGGGACCUUUCUUAAUAAUUUCACCUGCAUCUACACUUAACAAUUGGCACCAGGAGUUUACUAGAUUUGUUCCUAAAUUUAAGGUGCUACCAUAUUGGGGAAAUCCUCAUGAUAGAAAAGUCAUCAGAAGGUUCUGGAGUCAGAAGACCCUCUACACUCAGGAUGCCCCCUUCCAUGUGGUUAUUACCAGCUAUCAGCUGGUGGUGCAGGAUGUAAAGUAUUUCCAGCGGGUCAAGUGGCAAUACAUGGUACUGGAUGAGGCUCAGGCGCUCAAGAGUAGUUCCAGCGUUCGUUGGAAGAUCCUCUUACAGUUCCAGUGUCGGAAUCGUCUUUUGCUAACCGGGACCCCAAUUCAGAACACCAUGGCAGAGCUUUGGGCUCUGCUGCAUUUCAUUAUGCCAACAUUAUUUGAUUCACAUGAAGAAUUUAAUGAAUGGUUUUCCAAGGACAUUGAGAGCCAUGCCGAAAACAAAUCCGCUAUUGAUGAGAAUCAACUUUCUCGCUUACACAUGAUUUUGAAGCCAUUUAUGCUGAGGAGAAUCAAGAAAGAUGUGGAAAAUGAAUUAUCUGACAAGAUUGAGAUUCUAAUGUAUUGCCAACUGACCAGCCGACAGAAACUGUUAUAUCAGGCAUUAAAGAACAAAAUUUCCAUUGAGGAUUUAUUGCAGUCUUCUAUGGGCUCUACCCAACAAGCACAGAACACCACCAGCAGCCUCAUGAAUCUGGUCAUGCAGUUUAGGAAGGUGUGUAAUCACCCAGAGUUAUUUGAACGACAAGAAACUUGGUCUCCAUUUCAUAUUUCCCUAAAGCCAUACCACAUUUCAAAGUUUAUCUACCGUCAUGGACAGAUCAGGGUCUUCAAUCAUUCACGAGACAGGUGGUUAAGGGUUCUUUCUCCAUUUGCACCAGACUAUAUCCAACAGUCUCUCUUUCAUAGAAAAGGUAUUAAUGAAGAAAGCUGUUUCUCUUUCCUUCGCUUUAUUGAUAUAUCUCCGGCAGAAAUGGCAAACCUUAUGCUUCAGGGACUUUUGGCCAGAUGGUUAGCUCUUUUCCUGUCUCUGAAAGCCUCCUACAGGCUCUAUCAGCUACGCUCCUGGGGAGAGCCAGAAGGGGAGAGCCACCAGAGAUACCUGAGAAACAAGGAUUUCCUUCUCGGGGUUAAUUUUCCACUCUCCUUUCCAAACCUUUGCAGCUGCCCUUUGUUAAAGUCUCUUGUUUUCAGCAGCCACUGUAAAGCAGUGAGUGGCUACUCAGACCAGGUUGUCCAUCAGCGGAGAUCAGCUACCUCCUCUCUGCGUCGCUGCCUGCUCACUGAGCUGCCAUCUUUUUUGUGUGUGGCCAGUCCACGAGUUACCGCAGUACCAUUGGAUUCUUACUGCAAUGACCGAAGUGCAGAAUAUGAAAGGCGAGUUCUGAAGGAAGGAGGGAGUCUAGCAGCCAAGCAGUGUUUGUUGAAUGGGGCCCCUGAGCUAGCUGCAGACUGGCUAAAUCGACGAUCACAGUUCUUCCCAGAGCCAGCUGGAGGUCUGUGGAGCAUCAGGCCUCAGAAUGGCUGGUCUUUCAUCAGGAUUCCAGGCAAGGAGAGCCUCAUCACUGACAGUGGAAAGCUGUAUGCCCUUGAUGUCCUGCUGACUCGGCUCAAGUCUCAAGGGCAUAGGGUCCUUAUCUACUCCCAGAUGACCAGGAUGAUAGACCUGCUGGAGGAAUACAUGGUUUACAGGAAGCAUACUUACAUGAGGCUUGAUGGCUCAUCCAAGAUCUCGGAGAGGCGAGACAUGGUUGCUGAUUUUCAGAACAGGAAUGACAUCUUUGUGUUCCUGUUAAGCACACGAGCUGGAGGACUAGGUAUCAAUCUCACUGCUGCAGACACAGUGAUUUUCUAUGAUAGCGACUGGAACCCCACUGUGGACCAGCAGGCCAUGGACAGGGCCCACCGCUUGGGGCAGACAAAGCAGGUUACCGUGUACCGGCUCAUCUGUAAAGGCACCAUUGAAGAACGCAUUCUGCAAAGAGCCAAGGAGAAGAGUGAGAUUCAGCGGAUGGUGAUUUCAGGUGGGAACUUCAAACCAGAUACCUUGAAACCCAAAGAGGUGGUUAGUCUUCUUCUAGACGACGAAGAGUUGGAGAAGAAACUGAGGCUGCGGCAGGAAGAGAAACGGCAACAGGAGGAAACCAACCGAGUGAAAGAGCGCAAGCGGAAGCGGGAAAAGUAUGCAGAGAAGAAGAAAAAGGAAGAUGAAUUGGAUGGGAAAAGGAGAAAAGAGGGUGUGAACCUGGUGAUCCCAUUUGUUCCCUCGGCUGAUAACUCCAACCUCUCUGCUGACGGAGAUGACUCCUUCAUUAGCGUGGACUCAGCCAUGCCAAGCCCUUUCAGUGAGAUCUCCAUCAGCAGUGAGCUGCACACUGGCUCCAUUCCUCUGGACGAGAGCAGCAGUGACAUGCUGGUCAUUGUGGAUGACCCAGCCUCCUCAGCCCCUCAGUCUCGAGCUACCAACUCUCCUGCAUCCAUAACAGGCUCCGUCUCAGACACCGUGAAUGGAAUUUCCAUUCAGGAAAUGCCAGCUGCAGGACGUGGUCACUCAGCCCGAAGCCGAGGCCGCCCCAAAGGUUCAGGAAGCACAGCCAAAGGAGCAGGGAAGGGCCGGAGCCGAAAGUCCACGGCAGGCAGCGCUGCUGCAAUGGCAGGAGCCAAAGCUGGGGCUGCAGCGGCCUCUGCGGCUGCCUAUGCUGCAUACGGGUACAAUGUGUCUAAAGGAAUCUCCGCCAGCAGUCCUCUGCAGACAUCCCUUGUUCGACCUGCUGGCCUUGCUGACUUUGGACCUUCAAGCGCCUCCUCUCCUUUGAGUUCCCCUUUGAGCAAGGGAAAUAAUGUUCCUGGGACUCCCAAGAACUUCCACGUGACCAGCAGCCUAGCCCCAGACUCUCUGGUCCGGAAACAGGGCAAAGGCACCAACCCCUCUGGAGGACGGUAACCAUCUGGGCCCUCCAGCUUCCUUCAGCCAAACCAGGGCUAGAGUCCUGAUCUGCCAGUGGUCUUUGGAUGGCUUGCCCCAUGCAGCAUCUUCCAUCCUGAGUCAGAAGUGGAAGUGUCCAGCAAGGGAAGAACAGGCAGGUGGAUGGUGUGAGCACUUUUAUCAUCUGUUCUUUGUCUCAUCAGGAGCAUCUGGGGUGCCUAUAGAAGGCAGGCACAGGGCAGGGAUCAGCUCCACUGCAUCUCAAGUGAACUGCAUAGUGAAGUCUUAAACCUCUCACGGGGCAAGCCUGACAUAGACCCCCUUUAGAUGCUCAGGCACACAGUUUCCAUCCCCAUUCCACUCUUCGGCUCUGACACGUCCCUUGGAAAGUCUCCGCAGGUGCUGUGAAGAGCCUUCCAUGGUGGAGAUUUCUCUUACAAUUGUGAUUUCUCGUAGGCUAGUAAGGGAGGAGAUUGUGUACCUGUUGUCCACAGUCUUCAGGCAGCUCCCCAGGUCUCUGAACCCCAUUUGCCAGAGUGUCAUCAUUAAAGAGAGCAGUGACUGCAAGAGAUGGUGGAGGCUGCUAAGCAUGACAGGCUAGAGGAAGCAUCCACGGGCAGUUGUGUUCCCAGCAGUUCCUCCCCUGUCCUGCAUGGUUCACACCAAGAGAACCUUCAGACCCCACCAGCAACAGUAGCACCUUCCACCCAGGGGACUCACAGAAGCCAGUAAAGAGACCAGGAGCCACCUCAAUCAGCAGGACAGCCUCACUGCCCCUCUCUCAGACUCCCCUUUGCCUGUCCUGAAUGCACAGUCUCCCUGCUCAUCCCCUUCAGCCCCCUGCUUGGCUGUAUGCACUGUCUAUAUUGCACUGAGAGAGGAAGGGACAGCAGGAAUGCGGUGGAGAGGGCGGAGGGAGGGGGCAGGCUCGGCACCGGCCCUCGCAGCCCCAGCCCGGCCAGCCUGAGCUUGCUGCCCUCCGGCUGAGACAGAGGGGCGGGCAGUGUUUGCAUGGGAGGUGUUUAUGCCUGCCCUGCCUGAUGUCCCUGGUGGAGCAGGUGCCUCCGGGCGGGCAAGCCUCUAAUUUGCACACCUGAAAAUCGCGGAAUUGAGUUUAGAUAGAUUGAUUUUUAAAACUUUUUUUUGGAGUAGGGGGCGUAGGGGAAUCAUUUAAUUUAAAUCAUUAAGAUUCCCCUGCUCAAACCCAGACUCCUGUGUACAGAUGCUAUUUAGAGGGAAUCAGAAAAAUGCCAAGCCUUUUUUCUCUUUGAAUGUGCUGUCUAUUUUUAUAACUGAACUUGUACAUAUGUAUAAAGAGAGACACAUCUUCCUUUUACUAACUGGAUAAAAAAAAAUCUUAAAUAAAAUGGAGUGAGAUAAUUUUAUGUAAA